ACGAUGAUCGAAGUUUCUUUACGGUUUCAGCAUUUAUUGGAGAAGCAUGUGGUUGUUAUCCUGUUUCAUAUUGUGCUUUGCCAUUAGUAGUGUUAAAUCGUCGGCAGGUAAUUUUCGGCACCAAGUCAAGUCUUGUCAAGUAGGAGACGUGGUGCAGAAUGAGUGUAACAAAUGCUUGUGCACCUCGAAGGCCAUAUUUGAAUGCGAAGCUCUGAACUGCAAUAGGACUAAAGAUGACAAAAGAAUUGAACUUACAAAAGGGCAAUGUAAUCCGAACCAGCUUUACGUGCAAAAAUUAAUAACCUGCAUUUGUACCAAAGAUGGACGAUGGCCACACAAAAAUUGUUACGAAACCUUCCAAUCACUACCUCCCAGUAACGUCGUGAAACAUGAAUGCGAGCCUGAUAGUUAUGUCUCUAUCGACUGCAAUGUAUGUAGAUGUGGUCCGAAAGGUAUCAUCCUCUCCGAUCGUUGUACAAAAAAUACUUGUGAUGAAGAAGUCCACCGUAGAAACAUGAAGCCCAACAGCAUGUACAGUAACUGUGAAGUAAAAAACUGGUACUCCUUAGCUCCCUGUCAAUUCUGUUACUGUAUCAACCAAAACAAACUUGUCUGUAAUACUGGAAACUACUACUCUAAAAAACUUGAACUUGGCUCGUAUAACUUAAGGAUCUGUGGCAAGGAUUUAAUAACAGAAGCUGUGGAACUCAUACCUGGGAACCAAAAAGCGUUAAGGACCGAAAGUCAAAAGGCAACAACAAAAGAGAUGGCAAGGGUAUCUCCAAAACCGACCCCGCAUAAAAUGCAUAAAAACCAAAACAUUGCUAUAGAGGUAAAUCGAGAAAGUAAUGAAAUCUACACUUUACCUACCACCAAAACUACGAAUGAUAACUUAACUGAAAGUGUCGAAUAUUAUACAGAUUCCGAGGAAGCGAUUAAGGCUCAGCUUAAUAAUCCAGCUCCACAGAAGAGUGUCAUAUCAAGUACCGUACCUACCCCUGCACCUACUGCGCAACAAUUAUUAAAGGAUGGAAAAAGUACUAAGUUCCCGAUUGUAGAAGGUGAUGAAAUGCUCAAUGAAAGUCCUAAUGAGGAAGGGGACGAGAAUUCUAGCGAAAAUGAAUCAGUAAAUGUGGGUCCUGAAGUUCCUGAAACUUCAUCAACUACUGAAAGCGCUAUUAUGUUACAUGCUAAUGAAAACGCUAACGACAAUGCAAAUGAAAAUGCUAACGAAAAUGCUGACGGAAAUCCCGAAUUUGACCCUAAUAAAGGAACAGUAGUUGAGAUAUCAAAAGGAUCAAAUACAGCAGGAUCCUACCAAUACGCCGGCAAUACAAUAAAGAUAAGUCUUCCUAAAGUAUUGAACAAGGUUUUCCAACUGGCGCUGAGGAAGUCCAUGGUUACUUUAUCAAAGGAGACGAAAUGCAAACCUGGGUCGACGACAGUCCAGGAUUGCAAUAUGUGCUUCUGCUUAAAGAAUAGCAAAUUACUUUGUACUAAAAACAAAUGUGGUGAUGCAGUAAAAAGCAUAGAGAACUAAUUUUUGUUUUAUUGU